ACAGACGUCGUCGAAGCAGUUCAUUUGAGCAUCUACAGCAAGUUUGCAGAAAAAUAUUAACAUUUGACUUGCGCCGAGCAGGAAAGGAGCACCAAAAAGCACAGAAAGCAGCGCAGCAGCAGCAGCAGAAAAGUGCAAAAAUAUUGUAGUACGCUUACGGGUUUUAAACGGUACAGUUACAAUUGAGUUGUCAACCGUUACGGACGCAAGUUCUGAUUAGGAUCUGUGUUAAAAGUUUUGCUUAAAAUUCAAAUACAAGUUAAACGUAGAACGUAGAACGCGCGUCGUUAACGUUAAUUCCACUUUACACAUACCAAAAAAUAUUACCACAGCAGCAGCGGCCUCAGCAGCAGCAGCGGAUUAACAUUUCUUUCUAAACACAACAAAAAACAAACCCAACUACAAAAAUGGCCGAUCAGCUGACAGAGGAACAAAUUGCUGAGUUCAAAGAGGCGUUCUCGCUAUUCGACAAAGACGGUGAUGGCACCAUCACAACAAAGGAGUUGGGAACAGUCAUGCGAUCCCUGGGACAGAACCCCACAGAGGCUGAGCUCCAGGAUAUGAUAAACGAGGUCGAUGCCGACGGUAACGGUACAAUUGAUUUCCCAGAAUUCCUUACCAUGAUGGCACGCAAAAUGAAGGACACCGAUAGUGAAGAGGAAAUCCGAGAAGCCUUCAGAGUCUUCGAUAAGGACGGCAACGGCUUCAUUUCAGCGGCCGAAUUGCGUCACGUGAUGACAAAUUUGGGAGAGAAAUUAACAGACGAGGAGGUCGAUGAAAUGAUCCGCGAGGCUGAUAUCGAUGGUGAUGGUCAGGUCAAUUACGAAGAAUUCGUGACUAUGAUGACAUCGAAGUGAAGCGUUAAAUUAUUUCUUUUUAAGCCUUUCUAUUUUUUUAAGAUGUUGACGAAGACUGUAGCUGUGCGCAAUGACAUCGCGCCACGCUGUUGCUAUGGACCCCAGUAAAAGAUCUUAAAAAAAAACAACAAAGAGUUAAGCAAAAAACAUAAAAAUACAAAAACAAGAAGAAUAUAAAACAAAAGCAAAAACAACAUUUAAGAAACUUAAAAAAGAAAAACUUACACUUAAAAACAAAAGAAACAAAGUAAAAAAGAAAAAGCAAGAACAUUUAAACAAGCAAGAAAUGAGAAAAAAAAACCCCAGAAAAGAUAAAGAUUACAUGAAAAUUAUAAUAAAUAAAAACACACACACACUUAAUUUUAAUUGAAAAAAAAACAAAACAAAAA